CAUUUGGUAGUUAGUGGUGACUCUAUUUUUUUACUUUUGCAAAAAUCAAUCUGGUGUAAAAGAAUCGUGUUAUUUACUGAGAAACAACGAAUUUGACAGCGGAAAUAGAUAAUCAUUGUGAAGUUUAGAGUUUUAAUUUAGUAAAGCAAUUAAAAUAUACACAAGUUAGGAAAUAAAUAGCAAGCAAAUUUAAAAAUAAUAUCCUAAUCGGGAAAAAGGAAGUUGUUGAGAUAAAAAAAAAUAUACGUGUUCAUCGUCAUCAUUAUUAAUAUUUUGCGAGCGCGAAGUGUGGAGGGUUAAGAUAAAGUGAAUAGUCUGAUACGACAACAACACACAGGAAACAACAGGAUAGCUUCUGCCACACCAACAACCAAGUAUAGCGGAGAAGCCACAACAACAACAAUUACCUUAGAUAGCAUACACAAGGAUCUUUUUUGAAGCGCAACAGCUGAAAGUAUAGUUAUGUUAAGUGAUUACUUUGGUAAAUGCAAAGGAAUCUGAAAUUCACAGUGUUCAGUUGGCUACGUAGAUUCAAUAAAGAAGCACGUUAAACGAGCAAAAAAAAAACGGCUUGAAAAAUAACAGUGCGAAUGUAUGUUGUUUGUAAGGCGAAGUUAUUAAAAUCCAUACAAUAAAAGUGGCUAAACAUGAGAUCCACCAUCGAGUUUGAGGAAUGUCUCAAGGACUCACCAAAGUUUAGGCAAUUCAUCACAAAAGAGGAAUCGGACAUUGAACAUUUGGAGCAGCGCUUGGAGAAAAUCAUUAAACUUUGUAAUGUAGCCGUUGAUUCGGGUAAAGAAUAUGUCAAAAAUCAGAGUGCAUUUGCAAUGUCCCUCUGGGACUUGAAACCUCAUUUUUCUGAUAACAAAAGUGCCCAAAAUGCCUUGGGCAGGCUGAUCCAUUGCUUUCAGGAAAUGAAUAAGUUUCAUACGAUUUUAUUGGAUCAAGCCAGCCGUACUGUAUUGAAAAAUUUAAGCGUUUUCGUUAAGGACGAUAUUAAUCAAGUGAAAGACUAUAAGGGGCAUUUUUUAAAAGUGUCUGAGGGUUAUGACAAUGCAUUAAUUAAAAAUGCCCAAGCGAGCAAAAAUCGUACACAGGAAGUACAGGAAGCAGGCAAUAUAUUAUCAGCAUCAAAAUCAUGUUUUUAUCACACGGCAUUGGAUUAUGUCAACUACAUCACCUUAGUUCAGUCUCGCAAAGUACCUUCUAUAUUAUCAACGCUACUUGAUUAUUAUCAAGCCUGUGUUACAUACUACCAUCAAGGUUUCGAUUUAUGCAACGAUUUCGAUGUUUUCUUCAAAAGUAUCACAGAAGAUUUGAACGCACUGCGCGGUGAAUACCAAAAACUAGAGAAGGUCAUGCAAAAUCGUCACCUAAGUGUGAAUAGUUUCAGUGAUACGAAUACCAAUAGUACUUCCAAUAAGAUUGAAGGAUAUCUCUUCAAGAAGAAAUCGAAAGGUUUUAAGACAUGGUGUCGCCGUUGGUUCUAUCUGAGUGACAAUCAAUUGGUGUACAGUGAUUUGGAUUCGAAUUGCAGAAAACGUAGCAACGAGGAUUCAUUUUCUGUGAUGGAAGAAGACUUGCGCAUAUGCACUGUACGCCCCGUCAACGAUGGCGAUCGACGUUUUUGCUUCGAAGUCAUAUCACCAACAAAGUCCCACAUAUUACAAGCUGACUCAGCUGAUAUGUUGACAAUGUGGAUUUCAGCAUUGCAAAAAAGCAUUGGUGCCGCUAUACAACAUGAUUCACAACAUUCCAGACCUCAGUCAUCCAUGAAUGCCAAUCCUUUAAAGAAUUCCAAGAGGAAAAUACAUUGGGAGCAAUUCCUAAAAAUUCCUGGCAAUUCAAUAUGUUGUGAUUGCCGUGGCAUAGAUCCUCGAUGGGCUUCCAUUAAUCUAGGCAUUACGCUGUGUAUUGAAUGUUCUGGAGUUCAUCGCAGUCUGGGCGUACACUACAGCAAGGUACGCUCAUUGACACUGGACGCCUGGGAAACGGAAAAUGUCAAAGUUAUGAUGGAACUUGGCAAUGCCGUUGUCAAUCGGAUAUAUGAGGCGCGCAUAGGUGAAAAUUCGGAACUGAAACCGGCUACAGAGAAUUGUGAAAUAGCAGUGCGAGAAGCAUGGAUAAAGGCUAAAUAUGUGGAAAAACGAUUCGUGUGUGGCAUGCCCAAACCACCUGAGUAUUUAUCAAGCGAGACAGCUGAAGUAUUAUCCAUCGAUAGUGGAGGCAAUGAUAUAAGCAAAAGAGCCACCUUAUCAUUAGGUGGCACUCGCAAGUGGGCUGUAAAAAAAUGUCGCCGUCGUCGUCAUCGUGAACGCAAACGACAACGUUCAAGUUCGAAGUCAUCCGAUGAUCCUGUAGUCGAUGAUGAGGAAGAUGAGGAUGAUGAUGAUGUAUCGCUAAACAUACCAUCAAUGUCUUUAAGCAUAUCGCGUGAAGAUCUCCUAAUAGUUGGUGAUGAUUUAGGUUUGGAAACCUAUGAAACACCUGGCAUACUGGGAUCCGAUCAGGAAUCAACAGAAGGUGAAAAUGAACCAGAGGUGAUAAAUGAAGUGCCCUUUUCCAAGCUCGAUGCGAAUCUCAUGUUAUAUCAGGCUUCUGCUGUACACAAUUUACCCGUAAUGUGUAUGGCAUUUGCGCUAGGUGCUGACAAGAAUUGGCGUAAUACCGAAGACUUUAAUCGUACGUACUUACAUCAGGCAGUAUUGUCGGGCUCUGUUAUGGCUUGUGAAUAUUUGUUAUUAAAUGGAGUGCCCAUUGAUGUUGUGGAUGACAAUGGCUAUAGUGCUUUGCACAUAUCUACCGAGAAGGGAUUUAUAGCACAAGUAUAUCUGUUACUUAAACAUAAAGCCAAAUACGAUUUAAAGGCCAAUGAUGGUAAAAAUCCUUUAGACAUAGCAGUAGAACAACGUAAUGCGGAUAUUGUUACUCUAUUACGCUUAACACGUUUAAAUGAUGAAAUCGGACUGAAUGAUGAAGGCAAUGGUGAAGAUGAAACAUAUAAGGAUGUUAUGAAGGACUUUUCCAACUUCACCUCAAGUCAACCACGCAUGUUGCGCAAUCGCAAUGAUUCAAACACCCUGGAAUCUCAACGUUCUUCCAUGACCAAUUCAGAUUGAUGUCACAAAUCAACAUUCUUGUCUUAAAGAUAUAUAAACGAAAUUUAUUAGAGAGAGAGAGCAAGCAAAAUGUUUACAUUUUCUUUUGAUUUUAAUUGUAUUUAUACAUACAUAUAUACAAUAUAUAUAUCUAUAUAUAUUGUACGUGUUAUUUAUAUAUUUGUUAAUUGUAUUUAAAUGAAGAAAAAAAAUCGUAAUAAGAGAAAAUGAAACAUUAAGAAAACACAGCAGUCAUUCUGUUACACAUAUACAUAUAUAUAUAUUACAAAUCUUUACAUUUACAUAUACAAACAUACCCACAUUUAAAAAGCAUGCAUACAUAUACAUAUUUAUAAAUAACACAUUCAUAAUUACUACGAAGAUAUGAGGUGCUUUUAUUAAGAGCUAUUAUCAUUAUCAAUGUUAAAUAUUGUGAAUUUCUUUUUUACAUGUAACUAUUAUUACAAUGUUUAUUAUUAUAUAACUAUUU